UUGUCAAUGCUUGUCAAUCUGUUAUCAACAAAUAUUUUGAUAGGUGUGUCCUCAAAAAUUGUUUAAAAGAAACUUUAUUUGAAUUAAAAUGUCUGCUACAUUAAAACCGUAUCUAACAGCAGUUAGGCAUACAUUAACUGCCGCUAUGUGUUUAGACAAUUUCAGCUCACAAGUGGUAGAAAGACACAAUAAACCAGAAGUAGAGGUUAGAAGUUCGAAAGAGCUGUUACUCACUCCAGUUGUAAUUUCACGUAACGAGAAAGAAAAGGUACUUAUCGAGGCUUCAGUAAACUCCGUACGUAUCAGUAUCGCCGUAAAACAAGCCGACGAGAUCGAAAAAAUUCUCUGCAAAAAGUUUAUGCGAUUUAUGAUGAGGCGUGCGGAAAACUUCAUAGUUCUUCGACGAAAACCUAUCGAAGGUUACGAUAUAAGUUUCCUGAUAACAAACUUCCACACUGAGCAAAUGUAUAAGCAUAAGCUUGUCGACUUUGUCAUACACUUCAUGGAAGAAAUUGAUAAAGAAAUUUCCGAAAUGAAAUUGGCUGUGAACGCAAGAGCUAGGAUUGUAUCUGAAGAGUUUUUAAAACGAUUUUGAGUAUAAUAUUUAUGGCAUAUAUGUGGUAAACUAGUGAGAGAAGUUAAUGAGUUAAGAAGAAAUGUAUGAAUUCCUAUAUCGGAGAGAAAGAUAUUAAUAUAUUUGUGUGAAGUAUGUACGUGUCUAUUGCAAAUUUAUUAAAAAAAUAUGAUCAGGUGAACUUUCAAAAUUAAAAUAAGUUUUCUAAUGUGUGAUUGUGCACCCUUAUGAUAUAAGUAUACAUGUAUAAUAUAUUCUUAUUGUAAACUACUUUUUAUAUCUUAUAUGAAAACAGUUUUAGUGCAAUUAAAACUUCAAGCACAAUGGUAUGUAUGUAUAACAAAGCAAAAAGUUCUUAUCUUUUUGUUUAUACAUAUUUUAAUGUCAAUAAGUAUUGUUUUAAGCUGAUUGAUUUUUUUAUGUAAGUUUUGAUAUUUAAGGGUAAUAAUUUGUUCAACCACGCUUUUGUAUUAAAAUAUUUUUUUUU